ACGUGAGUGACCAGGCACCUACGUGGGCACCAGCCCCCGCGCCCGCCCUCCCGCCCUGCGGUCCAGUCCCAGCGCCAGCGCAGAACCAACUGUCUGAGCUGCCCGGGCGGCGGGGGAGCAGCGAGCCGGCUUCAGCGAGCUGGAGGAGGCACAGGCCUGUCCCGGGUCCCAGCAGGUCUGCGCCUCUGUUGUUCCCGGUGCUCUGCAAGGACUGAAAAGGAGGAGCAACCUGUUCAGAAUCCCCGCAGGACAGGAAAAGGAGAAAUCUUGACAUGGAAAAACCCUACAAUAAGAAUGAAGGAAACCUGGAAAACGAGGGAAAGCCAGAAGAUGAAGUAGAGCCUGAUGAUGAAGGAAAGUCAGACGAGGAAGAAAAGCCGGACGUGGAGGGGAAGACAGAAUGCGAGGGAAAGCGAGAGGAUGAGGGACAGCCAGGUGCUGAGGGACAACUGGAAGAUGAGGGAAGCCAGGAAAAGCAGGGCAAGUCCGAAGGUGAGGGCAAGCCACAAGGCGAGGGCAAGCCAGCCUCCCAGGCAAAGCCAGAGAGCCAGCCGCGGGCCGCCGAAAAGCGCCCGGCUGAAGAUUAUGUGCCCCGGAAAGCAAAAAGAAAAACGGACAGGGGGACGGACGAUUCUCCCAAGGACUCUCAGGAGGACUUACAGGGAAGGCAUCUGAGCAGUGAGGAGAUGAUGAGAGAAUGUGGAGAUGUGUCAAGGGCUCAGGAGGAGCUAAGGAAGAAACAGAAAAUGGGUGGUUUUCAUUGGAUGCAAAGAGAUGUACAGGAUCCGUUCGCCCCAAGGGGCCAACGGGGUGUCAGGGGAAUGAGGGGUGGAGGUAGGGGCCAGAGGGGCUUACAUGAUAUCCCAUACCUUUAACGUCUUUGACCUUCCAUUCUGACUUCUCUGAUGAGAAUAUUGCUGGCCCUGCUUUCCCUGGUAGGUAUUUGCCAGGCCCUGUGCUUUAACCUUAAGCUGAUAUUUUUGCUUUAGAUGUCAAUCUUGUUACCAGCAACCUUUAACCCAACUACAGCGCUCUAUAUUUUAGUAGAGGAUUUUCACCCAUGUGCAUGGAAAAAAUGUUCAUGACACAUUGUAAAAUAAAUAAAUAAAAGAGCAAACAGUUUGCAGCACCGCAUAUAUAAUAUCAGCCCGCUUUUAUAAAAAUGUCAGUGUUUGUAUAAUGCAUUUAUGCACAAAGAAAACUCUGAAAGCAUGCACACUAGAAAGUAGGCAAUGAUUAUUCCUAAAAGGUAGACAAGAAUAGGUUUAACCUGUAUUCAAAAAUGAUUCCUACCACCUCUUUCACAUGUACCCCCAUGACAUUCCUCUGCUGCUGUGCAUAUCCCUAUGUCUUCCCUAGGUGUGUCCAGGUCAGUGGGCACUGUUGCUCAUGUUCCUGGGUCCUCUCUAAUGCUAUGCAACCCCCAUGUGUGACUCUUUUUCUUUGCUUUGCUCACUUAUCUCUACUUUUUCUUUACUAAAGGUUGUGAAUUAUAUUUUUCAUACUAAAAAAUAAAUAAAAGCUGAAAACAAUACAUAAGAAAUUGAACUGUUCAGUGAGCUUAUGAAGGCAAUAAAGACACUUAAAGUUCAUGUUAUCAUAACAUAAGAUGACAGGUAAAAUUCAUAUUGUCUCUGAGACUAAAAGCUAGAGGAAUCAACCUGGAAAUUCUAACAGAUCUAUUGCUGUAGGAGUCAAGCUUGUCAUUUGUAAAAUAAGGAUAAUACUUGCCUCACAGGACUGUCUGGUGGAUCAGAUGAGGUAUCGAGUAUAUGAGCUGUGUGGUGACCUGGUUCCCACCAGGUACUCAGGGGAGGAAUGGCUCCUACACCAUUCCCAUACAGUGGCAGGAAAGCUGAUGGAAUCAGACACAUUGGGGAAGGGCUGAAGGAGUUACCACUGUGUCUAGGAAUAUGUCCAGGUAGCUAAGGAGUAGAUGUCACUGUUUCUUAGAUAUUUCCCUGUGUUCUGGGAACUGUGCCCUUUUCUCCCAGGUCCUACACCCUUUACUGAUAGAGGAUUUAUGGUGUAAAAGCCCAGUCAUUUUCUCUGGAGUCACUGGUGAGCAAUGUCCACCAACCCUUUACCCCUGUAGAAGUGGAUAAAGUCCUCUCUCCAGUUUAUAGUUAUAGUAACCAGGUGCACAUGGAUAUCACCUUGGUGCUGCUUGGGCCUCUUAUUAAUAUUUUCCAAAUUCUUUUUUGGCAAAAUGAUCAUUUAUGUGUAUUUCUUGUUUGUUUUGCAUACAUAAAUAUUCUCACAAAACUCAGAUAUUGAAGGCUAGGCCAGGAAAAAAUACCUGCAUGAUAGUGACUGUGCUGUUCUCAUGGGUUAAUAUCUUGUCUGCAGACUCCCUUUCCUCUAUUGAGUUCACUCUCAGGAAAUUUGUCAGGUAACACUUUAGCAGUUCAGCAGACCCAUCAAUACAUUUGAGUUUUAAAUCCUUUGUAAUGAACAUGUUGUGGUCCAUGAACCAGCUGCGUAAUGAUCACCUGGGAACUAAUUAGAAAUGCAGAAUCUGAGGUCCUGCCUCAGACCUACUGAGUUAGAAUCUUCAUUUUAACAAGAUCCCAAGAUUAUUCCUAAGACAUUGAAGUUUGAAAAGCACCACCUUAGAAAGAGAGUCUUCAGGCUUCCUACUCCCACAUUUACAUAAAAUAUGUGCCUAAAAAGAUCAACAUAUGUGCCACAUAAGACACACAUCACAGAUUAUUAAAUAAGCCCAUGUAUUUCAAAAUGAAGUUGUCCUUCUCCCAUGAAAAGUAGAUCUUGAAAUCAAUGCAAUGGGUCAAGACAGGCAAUUUUUGAAAAAUAAAACAGGAUAGAAUAGAGUUGAAUACAAACAGAAAACAUCAAAUUGCAUUGUAAGUAGAGUGAAUUUUUUUGUGAAAUUUGUGUUUCAGUUAUGUGUAUAUGUGUGUGCACCAUGAGUUAUGAGAAAAAUAAAUUUCUGACUGUGGGCUACAGUAAGAAAAUGGAGAAAGACUGCACUGGAUUCUGCAUCUCAAAGCAUAGCCUGUUCAUUUUAUAUUUGUAUUUCUAGUGCCUAACACAAGUAACUGACAAGUAGUAAGUACUUAAUAAAAAUGUAAAUAAUAAUGAC